AUGGCCUCUAUCAUCGCCCGAAGAGCCCUUUCCCAACGGGUUUUCUCUACCACAGCGCGCCGUUUUGCUGCCGACCCGGCCCUGAAGGAGGAGACGAAGCGCAACCCCGAAAUCAUGAUUCUGGGAGGUGUUAUGGUUCUAGCUCUAGGCGGUGCUGGUCUCUACUUCGGCCGCUCUCCAACCCAAGCCACAUCUGAGGCCCCCGUCGGCCUAGCCAGGUCCGGUAUGCCAUGGGAAACCGGUGCAUCGGAGGGCAAAUAUAGAUACCACCCCGGCGGUGACCCGUCCGCCGCCCCGAAGGACGCUCCCAGUGCCGUCAACGUCGUCGUCAUUCCCGACGUCACCUUGCCAAAGCACCUUCACGACAAGUACAACAAAUGGGGUAAGGAGGGCUACUAG